GUGUAUAGCUUCCCAUUGCAACACCUUCUUGGUGAUGUGCAUAGCGAGUAUAUGAAAAACUAACCUUAUUAUUAUCCACAUCGCGAAUAGAGGCUACGGAUUUAUCCGGGUCAUUAAUUUUAUUGAAAGAUUUUACCGUGUGUUCCGGGAUUUUGUAAUUUUGGAUUGUACGUGAACGCAGCAAGCAAGGGCAGGAAGUUUUCUUUUCGCGAAAGUGAAACCGAAACCAUCGAAAUCACCAGUUUUGGAAGACUGAAGUGGGGUUGACACCGCAACGACAUCUCAAUAGGAGCGAUCCAGUGUUCUAAUUUAUGAUGGACACCGAAAAUUACGUAGCGAAAUUGAACGAGUACUGUCAGAAAAGAAAUUCGAAACUAAACUACGAGGAUGUCAGAACCGAUGGUCCGGAUCACAUUAAGACAUUUUCCAUGAGAGUUGUUGUCGAUGACGAGGCAUAUCCAGAAGGAGUGGGAAACAAUAAAAAGGAGGCCAAAAAGAACGCUGCUAAACAUGCUUUACAGAUCUUAACGAAGAAGACGCAUACAUCAGAAGGUUCUAUUGGUCCAGUUUGUCCAAAAGAAACAAAUCAUGUGUCCUGGCUCUAUGAAUAUGGUCAGAAAAUCAAAAUGAAUGUCAGAUUUAUGGAGUCGACAACUGGAUCAUACAAGUCCUUUCAAUGUCAGUUUUUUGUUGGGGAGAUUGACUAUCCACUUGGUAAUGGGAUAACAAAGAAGGAAGCUAAGGAAGAAGCUGCAAAGCAUGCAUAUCAUGCCAUAUAUGAGGCGUCAGCGACUGAAAGUGAAAACCCCUCUGGUUCUUGUAAUCAACAAAAGGAGGAAAUGUCAGCAAUCAGCAACAAGACACCGAGUUCAAAGACUGAAGAUGAUGUUGUUGUCGAGAAAAAUUAUAUUGGAAUUAUUAACGAGUACUGUCAGAAAAGACAGCGCAGUCCUAAUUUCAUCGAAGUGGAGAGAAUUGGCCCAGCUCAUAACCAUAAAUUUUCCUACAAAUUAGUUAUCGAUGGCAAGGACUACCCUGAGGGUAGAGGAAAGUCUAUCAAGGAAGCCAAGCAAAAUGCUGCUCAGUUGGCCCUUUCUGUCCUUGAAAAAGAAGACAAUGAGGUCUUGCAGUCUCCUGCAUUUGCCGGUAGUACAAAAAGCAGCCCAAACUUGUGGAAAUCCCUUGCAACAACUCCAAGCAUUUCAGUAGAGUUUGCUGAGUCUUCUCCCAAAGAUCAGAUAACUCCACCCAAGAGUCAAAGUCCAGGCUGCAAAGCCAGAAGAAAAAUUGCAGCCAAUUUUCCAAAUGCUAAUAAACAGAUAGUAGAAGAUAAUUGCGGACGAAAUUCACCGUCAACCACUUCGAGGUUUAAAGAAGAUUUUGACUGUCUAGGAGCCAUAGGCAAGGGAAGCUUUGGAUCUGUUUACAAGGCAAAGCAUAAGCUGGACGGAGAGGACUAUGCUGUGAAGAAGGUUAUCUUUGAAGAAAAAUCUAAACGAGAGAUAGACGCUUUAUCAAAGCUUCAACAUAGCAAUAUUGUAAGAUACUACACGUGUUGGAUGGAAGAUUCCUAUGACCAACCUAUCCCAAAUUCCUCUCAAAGGUUCCUCUAUAUUAAGAUGGAGCUGUGUGACACCAAAACCCUCCGAGGUCGUAUUGAUGAUAUGAACACAGAGAAUAAGGAAACUCUGCAAAGAAGGAAUCUCAGUUUUGAAAUUAUACAGCAAAUAGUCGCAGGAGUCAAAUACUUUCAUGCCAAAAGGUUUAUCCACAGAGAUUUGAAGCCUGCCAACAUCCUGUUUGGACUGGAUGAAACAGUGAAGAUUGGGGAUUUUGGCCUUGUUACUGUUGAUACUGACAGUGAGGACAAAAGCUUGAAAAGGGGAACCCUGAGUUAUAUGGCGCCUGAGCAGAAAGACAAAGCUACUUAUGACAGAAAAGUGGACAUAUAUGCUCUGGGUCUGAUUUAUUUUGAGCUCCUCUGGUACAUGUUUACGGGUACUGAAAGAGAAAAGCUUUGGGAUGAUGUCAGAAACCAGAACCUCCCUUCAGAGUUUUCAUACAAUUUCCCCAUAGAGCAAAAAAUUAUCAAGUCAAUGCUUUGCUUGAUGCCAGAAGACCGGCCUGAAGCCAGUCAACUCCAGACCAACCUUAAGGAGUGUGCUUAUGCACUUAAACUUGCUAAAGAGAGAAAGACUUUCUAAUUCAUCCAUUGCUUCUAGAACAGGGGUUUUCAGCUAGUUUUGUUCUAGGGACCACCAUUAUAAUCAAGAAGCAACUUGGGGACCACUGCUUUAGCAGAAUAUUAAUUUCUUUUGCACCCAAGGAGGAUAGACCAAUACAGGCUACCGUUUUUUUCCGUGUAUAGUGCGCAAUAUUUUACUAAUUUAUUGUCCUAAAAUCUGGGGUGCGUAUUAUACAUGGGUACAAAGAAAAAAAAAAAAAAAUUUUUUUUUUUUAAUUUUUUUUUUUUUUUUUUUAAAUAAAGUCAUGGUACAACAAAACCAACAACAGGACUGACCGACAAAGUCGUGGAACAAAAAGACAGGGUGACAUUACCAAAGACAGGAACAGAAUGACAGUAACACAUGCAAUGAUCCAACGGUGAGCGAGGGGCAGACAGGACUUAAAUACAAAACACGUUACAUCGAUUGAGGUGACACAGGAAGAGCGGGGUGACACGAACAGAAACUAUGGCAACCUAGACACAUAGCAAAACUGGGGACGAGACAUGACAAAUCUCCCCCGAAAUAAAACUCACCUUUCUUCUUGUUUGUUGUCAAUCGCGCAUCGCAUUCAGCCAUCCUGCCCAACACACUUAGUAGAAUUCAUAAUUGACGACACAUCGUUUGAUGCGAUGGUGCAAUCCUCGAUGGUGUGUUAUUGUCAAAUAUUGUUUGUUUUUUAAUCUCCAUCGCGGACCGGACGUCAUACGGAGGCCGCCAUUACAGAUGCGCAGAACGGUUGCGCAAGACACGUCAGCUAUAUAAAGAGCGAGAGUUCAGUUCUCCACCUAUUAGUUUCAAUUCACAGUUUAAUUAGCAGUUUCAAUCAGCAAAUAACAAAAUGCGUAUUACAGGUAAUAUUUUAUUUCACAACACUUUGCCUUGUUCCUUUCGUCUCUGCUGUUCACUUCAAACACGCUCCAUGCGACCGCAAUGCUCUCGUAUCAGACAAGGCUUGCUCGAUCACCUGCUCGUUUGCUGUCUCACAAUGUACCCUACACAAAUCCGAAACAUUUGUUGCGGCUCCGAGUCACGACGAGGGGCAAGUUUUGGUUUCCAAGGUUGUUUUUAUUCCUCUUCAACGUCUCUCCCAUACAGAGCCGCCUUUUUCACGUCCGCAGCCCAUGCGCGCACGGAGCGCGGUGGUGCGUUUAGGGGCAGUCGGAGAAAUCAACGCCAACAAAAAAAAUGACAUCCAGCCUAGUUAAGACCAUACCAAAGACUUUAAAAAUGGGACCCAUUGCCUCCCUGCGUGUGUGACGAUCUUUGGGACUUAAAAAAAAAAAAAAAAAAAAAAAAUUCAUAAAAAUUGGGUGCGUAUUAUACAUGGGUACAAGCUUUUUUCCAGCAUCAGCAUGCCAUUGUUAGGGGUGCGUACUAUACAUGGGGGCGCACUAUACAUGGAAAAAAACGGUAUGUAUUUGCCUCUGUAUGACUAUUUUGGGAAUCUCAGCUACAUUUGACAUCAUUUGGAUGGGUAAAUGAUUCACAAAAUUAGCUGGAAAAUAAAUCAAGUCUAAAUAAUAACAUAAAUACCACGUUGACACGAAAAUGCACAAAAACAAAACAAAUACUAAAAAACUGACUUUCAGAAAUAUUCUUAUUUAUUUAAAUAAAUAAGAAAUUAAUAAGAGUAAAUAUGAUAUUGUAAAAGUUACAAUACAAGACUUUUAUGAACCUUUCAUGAAGUGUAAACGUGUCACGGUUCCUCACUGCUCUUGCGUGCUGGCCGGUUGACGUGACCCCGCGGACCACCGUCAGGGCAUCCGCACAAGACUUUUAUAAUUUUAUUUUGAAACACUUUGUUCUAUUUUUAAACCCUUUUAAACAUUUUAAAAUGUAAACGUGUCACAGCUCCGCUCCUUGCUGAGCUGACUGGCUGACGCACCCCUGCAGACAUCCACACAAGACUUUUAUCAUUUUAUUUUUAAACACUUGAUUGUACUUUCAAUCACUUUAUUGUAUCUUUAAACACUUUUUAAACAGCUUUAAUAAGCUCGCUAUGCCCAUCUGCUUUGAUGACGUGCUACGCAAGCUCGCUGACCGGCUCGUCAGGUAAAGCGUGGUUAGAACUGCUCUUAAGCGCGAAGUAGCAAGGGAUUACUGUACAUCAUGAGGUAGUAGUUUGAGCAACAAUUUGAAAAUAGGUCAUGGGGAUUCUGUUCUAUUAAAAAACACAAAUGAGUUGCUAACAUGUGUGUAUUAAAUGAUUGUUGCAA